UCCUCCUGCCUCCCCACCUCCCAAAGUGCUGAGAUUACAGGCGUGAGCCACCGCGCCAGGCCAGGUCAUCUUCUUGCUAUAGCCUCACAUAGCAAGAGCGGAGAAAAAAAGCAAGCUCUUGUCUUUUUAUAAGGAUACUAAUCCUGUUCAUGAGGGUGCUACCCUUGUGACCUGAUUACCUCCCAAAGGCCCUACCUCCUAAUGUAUCAUAUUGGGGGUUAGGAUUUCAACACUUGACUUUCGGGUGAUACAAAUAGCCCAUUGCAGCAUAUACAAUUAAAAUGUAAAUAUGAAGAAAAAAAGGAAGCUUAUGGGUUUUUUUUUGGGGGGGGGGUGUUAAGGAAGACGAUAGUAAUUUCAGGACUAGGCAUGGUAGCUCAUGCCUAUAAUUCCUGCAGUUUAGGAGGCCAGGGCAGGAGGAUCACUUGCUGCCAGGAGUCCAAGACCAGCCUGGUUAACAUAGGGAGGCUAAGGCAGGAGGAUUGCUUGAGCCCAAGAAUUUGAGGCUGUAGUGAGCUGUAAUCAUUCCACUGCACUCCAGGGUGACAGAGCAAGACCCUGUACCUGAAUAAUAAUAAUUUCCACUUUAUUUUUCAAUAUUCAAAUAUUUUUAUGUAAUUCUGCAUUGUUCUGUAUGUAGAUCCUAAUUUAAAAAUUUUACACCAUCAUAAAUGAACAACGGUAGGAAGGAGUUUGGCUUCAAUAACUUACAGUAAAAGGAGUAAAAGAGUUCAGCCUCAAAACUAUAUUGUUGAUCUGUUAUGAAAAAUAAUCCAGUGUUUAUACUUAACAGAUGCCAUCCCUUAUUAAUUAAAUACUAUUUUCUUAGUCUAAACAAUCUUUAUUAAAAUAAGCAAUGAUAACUUGACAUGGGCCUAAGAAAUAUAUAGUUAGCUAACUGACAAUAUUUUCAGUUAGAGGGAUUUCUUUUUUAAAUUAAGUACAGAUUUCUUCACCAAACUCCAGGAUAACAGACAAGAAGACAUAAAAUUUGGGCAUAGUCUCUGGAUAAAUAAAUGUAAAUUUAAAUACAAAUCAUAUAACAGGAAACAAAUGAAAUUAAAGAAAAUAAAUUUUUCAAGAAAAUAAGUAAAUUUAUGGAUGAUAAUUCUAUAACAUUGUCAGUGCAAAGUUUUUUCUUUUUAUUUUAAGGGUUUUAUGUUUGUUUUUUACUUGUUGCAACCUCAAAGGACCAAAUGGUAUGAUACACACUGAGAUAAUAAAUGUGCAGUUAUUCUUAGCCUUUUUUCCUCGAACUUUAAUAUUAACAAGGAAAAUUUUGAAAUGGACAAUGAAAAGAUAACACUUUAUGUAUGGGGAAGAAUAUCAUUCAGUUGAUGAAGGUACAUUAAAAUUCACACAAAGGGACAUUUUGACUAGCAUUCUGAAAGAGUUCAUUGAUUAUAAGAUUAUCUCUGAGGUUUUGGACCAGGCAUUACACUACUGAAUUAUGGAUAACUUUGAUUUGUGAUCUAGACCAAGUCACCCAAUCUAUCUUGGAUUUUAGUUUUCUGGUUUAUGAAAUUAAGGAGUUAAGCUAAAUGACUUCGGUUUCUUUUCGUGUAUCAUAAUCAAAAUGCUGUAACUUCUCCAAUGAAUUCACAGAACACUGACUCUUAUAAGUAGGUCAUGAUAUACUUUACGCUGUGAGCAGGUAUACAUGUAUAAUAUAUGUAUAGAUAUGAACAAAUGAAUUUUAAAUAAAUGCACAAUAAAUUCUACAAAAUGGGCUCCAACAUUAACAAAUGACCUGAGUUAGUCUUUCUCAGAGCUGACCAUAAACUAUAAAACAUUUUUAUAAACACUAUCAGCCAUAAAAACGAAGUAAAAUCUAGCCAAAAAAUUCAAUCUUCUUCAAAGUCAUGUUAAUCAAAUCAGGUGAUAAAUUAAUGAAGUACAUAUGACUAAAAGGAAAAAUGUAUGUCAUUCCUGUGGUAAGAGGAAACUGAAUGUCACUAGAAAUUUUUGCAAGCUUUAGGAGAGAAGAGUUCAGUUUAGGAAAAUAAUCAUUUCAGAUGAUCUGAAGAAGGGUAUUGGAUGGGACCUAUCCAAUAGGUUCAUCACAAAAGAGGACCUGAGAGACAAGAAUGAAUGGUUUCUGUCUGGUGGAGAAAUUUGAGGAUAAUCUCCCUUGCUUGAAAAGCGGUGAUUAAGAUUGGCACUUGCUUACAGGAGUGAAAAACAGAUCUCGUUCCUCUUCCCUCUGUCAUCUUCUUAAUUAUAAAUAAUGGAGGAUGAAGAUAAAAGAAUUACGUGUGAAGAUUCAGAACCAUCCACAGGAAUGAAUCACAUGCCCUCCAUGCAUCAAGAAACACAGGAGGAGACAGUUAUGAACCUCAAAGGUAUAGAUGCAAAUGAACCAACAGAAGGAAGUAUCCUUUUGAAAAGCAGUGAAAAAAAGCUACAAGAAACACCAACUGAAGCAAAUCACGUACAAAGGCUCAGACAAAUGCUGGCUUGCCCUCCACAUGGUUUACUGGACAGGGUCAUAACAAAUGUUACCAUCAUUGUUCUUCUGUGGGCUGUAGUUUGGUCAAUUACUGGCAGUGAAUGUCUUCCUGGAGGAAACCUAUUUGGAAUUAUAAUCCUAUUCUAUUGUGCCAUCAUUGGAGGUAAACUUAUGGGACUUAUUAAGUUACCUACAUUGCCUCCACUGCCUUCUCUUCUUGGCAUGCUGCUUGCAGGGUUUCUCAUCAGAAAUAUCCCAGUCAUCAACGAUAAUGUACAGAUCAAGCACAAGUGGUCUUCCUCUUUGAGAAGCAUAGCCCUGUCUAUCAUCCUGGUUCGUGCUGGCCUUGGUCUGGAUUCAAAGGCCCUGAAGAAGUUAAAGGGCGUUUGUGUAAGACUGUCCAUGGGUCCCUGUAUUGUGGAGGCGUGUACAUCUGCUCUUCUGGCCCAUUACCUGCUGGGUUUACCAUGGCAAUGGGGAUUUAUACUGGGUUUUGUUUUAGGUGCUGUAUCUCCAGCUGUCGUGGUGCCUUCAAUGCUCCUUCUGCAGGGAGGAGGCUAUGGUGUUGAGAAGGGUGUCCCGACCUUGCUCAUGGCAGCUGGCAGCUUUGAUGACAUUCUGGCCAUCACUGGCUUCAACACAUGCUUGGGCAUAGCCUUUUCCACAGGCUCCACUGUCUUUAACGUCCUCAGAGGAGUUUUGGAGGUGGUAAUUGGUGUGGCAACUGGAUCUGUUCUUGGAUUUUUCAUUCAGUACUUUCCAAGCUGUGACCAGGACAAACUUGUGUGUAAGAGAACAUUCCUUGUGCUGGGGUUGUCUGUGCUAGCUGUGUUCAGCAGUGUGCAUUUUGGUUUCCCUGGAUCAGGAGGACUGUGCACGUUGGUCAUGGCUUUCCUUGCAGGCAUGGGAUGGACCAGUGAAAAGGCAGAGGUUGAAAAGAUAAUUGCAGUUGCCUGGGACAUUUUUCAACCCCUUCUUUUUGGACUAAUUGGAGCAGAGGUAUCUAUUGCGUCUCUCAGACCAGAAACUGUAGGCCUUUGUGUUGCCACCGUAGGCAUUGCAGUAUUGAUACGAAUUUUGACUACAUUUCUGAUGGUGUGUUUUGCUGGUUUUAACUUAAAAGAAAAGAUAUUUAUUUCUUUUGCAUGGCUUCCAAAGGCCACAGUUCAGGCUGCAAUAGGAUCUGUGGCUUUGGACACAGCAAGGUCGCAUGGAGAGAAACAAUUAGAAGACUACGGAAUGGAUGUGUUGACAGUGGCAUUUUUGUCCAUCCUUAUCACAGCUCCAAUUGGAAGUCUGCUUAUUGGUUUACUGGGCCCCAGGCUUUUGCAGAAAGUUGAACAUCAAAAUAAAGAUGAAGAAGUUCAAGGAGAGACUUCUGUGCAAGUUUAGAGGUGAAAAGAGAGAGUGCUGAGCAUAAUGAUCAGAAAGCUGCUACUUUUUUCGAGAUGCACAUUGAAAUAUGUAAUGUUUAAGCUUAAAAUGUAAUAGAACCAGAAGUGUAGCUAUUUCUUUAAACAGCAUUUUUAGCCCUUGCUCUUUCCAUGUGGGUGGUAAUGAUCUAUAUCACCAACCUUAAUCUCGCUACCUUUUUUUUCAAACACCCCUUCAUCAUCCAUCUUAAUUUGCAUAAGGACAUAUCUACUUUAAUGUACUACCACAGUUUACAGUUAACAUGGGAAAGACCAGCUUCAGUAUCCUCUUCAGCUAGGAUUGCUCUAACUUUUACCUUUCACAGUUUCCUGAUUCAUAUUUGCCCAGGCUCUGAUGCUUUGAAUUGGUUUUGGCUCCUCUUUUUUGUUUUUGUUUUUGUUGUUAAACAUCAUAAUGCAGUUGCUCAUGAAUUUCUACCCUCGUUUCCCUGAUAAUCUGCCUUUUCUCCAUUUCUCCUUCCCUUACUAUCUUUCUUUAAAUUACUGUAACUGAUUGGUCCCACUAAAAUUUUAAAGUACAUGAAGUAUCUUCAUUGGUUCAUCCUCUUGCCCCCUCCAGAUGUCAAAAAACUUUAUCCUGCCCCCUAGCUGACCACGCAGAUUCCUUUAUUUCAGCCGCCCAUGUGAGUCUACCUUCCUGUAAGGAGUGCCCUAAUCCAGCCCUUUUUUCAUUUGUUUCUUAUGACCCAUAUCUUUAGGCUCUUCCCAUUUCUAGUUGGGAGAUAGGUAAGUUUCAAAUCUAUGCCAGUCUCAUGAAUAUUACAUUAGGGUAAUGUGCUAUAAUGAAGAAACAAAAAAUACAUUGCUUAAAAGAAAAUAGAAUUCUAUUUCCCACUAAUGAAACUGGCUGGUUGGUUAAUACUAACAGGGUUACUCUGCUCAUGACGUCUGCUCAGAGUCCCAUGUCUUUCUGUCCUGAAGCUCUGCCAUGUCCUAGCUUAGGACAUGUCUCCAUUCUAUCAAGAAAAAUGCAAGUAUAGCAAUGUAUUUUUGAGGAAGGGAUGUGGAAGUUGGACACAUCUCUUCUCCUACAUUUAUUGGUAAUGAUCAUAUCCAGCUGUGAGGCAACUAAGUGUUGUCUCUAGGUAAGCAUUCAUACCCCUAGGAGGAACAGAACAUCAGAUUUUCGGGGCCAGAGUUUCCACUGUGUUGGAUGUUACCAUCGCUUAGUAGCAUAUUCUUACAUGCAAACAAAAGCUUUUGAAAGACAUUGCCUUAAACCAAAAGAGUGACUUCUGUGGCAGUAAUUUCAGAAAUUGUGACUUGCCAGGAGAGAAAAUAUUAGAAGAAAGACUUACCUGCAUAGGUCAUAUUUUAUCCUACUUUGUAACAGGCCAUCUCUGCUUUUGUGCAUCACUUGUUAAGUUCCUCUUCACUCUAGGUCAUCUUCUGUGUAGUUACUGAAAUAAUCACAUUCACAUACAGUUUACAGUUUUUAUCAUGUUAUCUGUGUACCUGAAGUGUUUAUUAUAUACUUGUCAUAUCCUAUCUAAACUCCUCGACCUGGAAUUCAAAGUUCAUUUUAAUUUUGAAGCAGAUAUUAAAUAUGUAUUAGAUUAAUGAAUUAUGAAUAUCCUAAUCCCACCAACUUGAUCUGCGUAAAUAAAGCCCGUCCAUUCCUCUCUUCA